GUGCCGGGUACAUCUUUUUCCUGGAGAAGUACAAUUUCGCGUUUAAUAUAAGUUUUGCCAAUUGUCAUCCGAUACGCAUAUUAAAUAGAGAAUAAAGCUCAGUAUCGAUUUGAAAUCAUUAAUAAGUGUUAAGGAGUUCAAAAUAAUCUUGGUGAAAAAGAAAUCCGACAGUGUUCACGACAUUACUGAUACUUUUUCGAAAUAUUUUUGUGACCAAGAGGCAGUUUUUUUCAUUACACUCUAGAUUUAUGUAUGACAUGAAAGUUACAAAGAAGCAAUAUUGAAAAAAAAAAAUAAUGAGCGAAUAUUCUAUUACUGAAAUUGUGUGUUGUGUCGAAGAAUAGCACAGACAGUAUACCAUGUUACGGACAUAUCUUGGUAACCAUCUGUUUCAACAAAACUGAUACGAGAGAAAAAAAAACAAAAUUAAUAUAGCAAUUUUAUACAUCAGUGAUUUCCCAAAUUUCGAUGAUUAUUAUAACUUGAAUUUGUUUUCUACGUUACAAGUGAUACAAAUAAAUGAAUAGAGGAAAGUAAAAGUGGAUCGAUAACAGAAAAAAACAGCUGAAAUGAUGUUCGACCUCAGCCUAAGACUCUCUGAUCAAAGAUUUGACAAAAAAAAAAGCUAAAUUUUCAUUGAAAAUACAAAUAACGGAGUGACGAAAACAAAGUGGGUCGCACAAAUCAACGUGGCGACAGUGAGUUUACAGUACGAAAGAAAUAUAAUGUGCUGCACUGGAGGUACUAGCGGUUCGAAGAUGACUCGAUGCGGGAUUGUUUGCGGCCUUGCAGCGCUGGCUGCCCUUUUGAUUGCUCUUCUCGGUCCUGCUUGGCUUCACACUGAGGAAAAAUUAGCCAUUCCACAUCUAGAGAGACAACUCCCUGCCGUUGUUAGCGUCAGAUUUAAGCUUGGACUGUUCAAAGUUUGCUCACAAAUCAUCAAGCCAGCAAACCUUACUAUCCACCUUCAAACACCAUCAUGCACGCAAGUUCGUUACAGCAGUGUUGCAGACGUGACGUCCCAAGAAUUAGGUUUUCGGCAAUUAGACUUCACGCCAACGGUCGUCUCAAAAAUGAGAAUAUCAGCGCCUUUCCAAGUGGUUGCCGUGGCAUUGAUUUUCGCGGGAACUUUUUCGGCACUCGUAGGUCAUUGUUAUUCGGAUCACAAGACUGUAAUCGCUUGCGGAUUAUUUCUACUAGGCGGACUCUCUCUAGGAGGUGGUUUGAUAGUUCUUGCGUCGGCACUAUCAGAUGCGUCAUUCGAAUCGCCAAAAAGAUUCAAUCUGGCAUCAUCCUCAAGUUUGCAACCUGACGAUGACGGACUGCCUCAAUAUCAGUAUGGAUGGUGUUUGCAAUUGUCAGGAUUGGCACUGAUACUGGCAGAAAUAGCAGCCCUCCUGACGGUAUCUGGCUACAUGGCACGAUUUCCUACAGUUGAGGAUAUGGUGCGAGUAAUGGUUCCUGGUGCAGAGAGAAAACUUCGUGAACAACGAGGUCUAUCUUCAGAAUAUCUUGUUCGUGCUCAUCAAAAAUCUCCUGGAGCUACUCAAGGGAGAACGUUCGAACAACCAACUAAAGACAUAAUUUUAGGAGCCCAAAGAUUGGCCGACGAGGACACGUCACUUCUGUGCAAAUCAGCUCCGGACAUAUGCGCUUCAAAUCCCCAAGCAAUAAGUUACGUUGACAAAGCAGACAUGUCUCAUCUGCCACCCUGUUAUCCGGAUUCACAGCCAAUCGUCGAUCCACGCUUCGCAUUUGGGGAAAAAGCUGAUCCAAGUGUGGUAGAUUCGCGACUGAGUGGAUUUGCUGACAAGGAGGGUUUGAUGGAUUCAAGAAUACUGUCAGACUCACGUCAAAAUAUGAUCGCGUUUACGGACGGUAAAGAGCAUGUGUUGGCGAGUGGUCAAGAACCUCGUUACGUUGAAUUUUGCGGUAGAGUCGAGCAAUCUACGGGUUUGAACGAUCCCAGGUUAGCGAAUUAUCAGCAGGAGAGUAAGAACGUUGAAUCGUUAUUAGAUGCACCGUUGGGUUAUGAUAGUCGAUAUACACUAGCUGGUCAAACAGUACCAAUAACAUUAAAGCAUCAAAGCCCGUCGGUUUCAACAAUGAAGCCUCAAUUUAUGUAUCAGAAUUUUGGAACGAUACACUCAGGUAUACUAAGAGUUUCGGAACCGGGUACGAGUUCCAGUUCAAACUCAAGUCAGCGCAGUAUGACAUUACAGAACCCAAAGCGUAAAUCACAAAUUGCGCAAAACACUUUCAGCACAAUGGAGUGCGAGAAAAGAAAAGGCAAGGGUCCAGGCUUAACGGGUAAAGCAGGUUUUUAUACCGGUAGUGCGGUAUGACCACCACCUCCGCCCCCAACACCAAGUUAACUUAUUCGGGACGAAGAAGAAACGAUCCUCUAAUAUAUACCAGACGAUGGUUUUCAGAUCUACUAAAAAUAUUAGCAGAAUCCCGACUGUCGGUAACUUCUACGUUUGUUCAGGAAAGCUCACAAUCGUUUGCUGUUGGUAAAAAAGCAUGCCUGUGCUCAGAAACAAUAAUUGAUACGAAAGAUCUCAUUGAUGACGGUGGAGAUUUUUGCAUGGAUAAUAAAUCUACGAACGAUAAUAAGUCAGUGUUACAGUUAAAUAAGAGUGUGAAAAUUCGUGAGUUAAUAACACCCACCAGAGAACUCGUUAUACGUGAAUAAUUACAUCCAGUUGUACAUAUGUAACAGUUUAAUUGAAAUUAAUUUAUUGCGGGAUAUCCAUGGAUGAUUCGAGAGGAACUGGUAGCAUUUUUCCCCAAAUCCCGUAUAAAGUUGUCAAAUUUUUUUAAUAAAUAAUGACAUACUCAACGGUUAUUGCUGUAUAUUGAGAGAAAAAAACUCGCAACACAUACUUGAUCUCGCGUAUUAGACCUGUAUUUCAACAAUAUCACACUGGGUUUCGAUCAUUUAAAUGAAAAACUUCUUAGUGGCUGAAAAAUGGACCAUGAUGUCUUGGAGAGUGAUAAUAUAAUUAGAUGGGUGAUCGUAAAUGUAAUCAAGACUGCAUAUGAAAAAAGAUACGAAUGAUUCAUGAUUUAUAAAUAUCCUACUUUUGUGGAUAAUGUACGAUCCAUGAACAAAUACUGUAAGCGUUUAUGUGUAUAGAAUGUUUUGAUAAUCGACAUAUCAAGUCAUCAAAGGAAAUAAUUCAUAUUACAAGACGACGUUUCGAUUUUUUAGUGUUUUUAUCAUUUUUCUCUCUCAUGGCAUGUAUCAAAGUCUGUAUACGAGUACGCGUAUGUUGUAAUGACUGGACGCAAGUAUUUAUAUAACCUACAAAAUCAUCCAUAUCUGUAAAAACCAUCCCCACAUUCAAUGUCAACAAGAAUCAGACGAUACAAUGGAUAAGCAUGUACGUGUACGAAAGGUAUGCUGAUUUAGGAAUACAUCUGUAUAUCGAAAAAAUGUAUAACCAUAUGACUUAGCUGAAUGUAUUGAAAGGAUUUACCCUUUCCAAAAAAUAGAGAAAUAAAACUCUCUUUCAUUCCACUACCCAUAAA